AUGGCCUCCCCACGCCUGGGAAUCUUCUGCUGCCCUACGAGGGACGCAGCCACGCAACUGGUGCUGAGCUUCCAACCGCGGUUGUUCCAUGCGUUAUGCCUGGGCAGCGGCACUCUCCGCCUGGUGCUUGGCCUCCUUCAGCUCCUGCUAGGGCGCAGGUCUGUUGGUCACAGGGCACCUGCGACAUGCCCACCGGCCUCAGUCCACAUCCUCCGCGCUGCCACUGCCUGCGACUUUCUUGGCUGCCUGGGAAUCGUUAUCAGGUCCACGGUGUGGAUAGCAUACCCAGAUUUUGUUGAAAACAUCUCUAAUGUGAAUGGGACGGACAUUUGGCCUGCUGCUUUCUGUGUGGGGAGUGCGAUGUGGAUCCAGCUGUUGUACAGUGCUUGCCUCUGGUGGCUCUUCUGCUAUGCAGUUGAUGUGUACUUGGUGAUGAGGCGAUCAGCAGGACUGAGCACCAUCCUGCUGUACCACAUCAUGGCCUGGGGCCUGGCUGUGCUGCUCUGUGUGGAGGGGGCAGUCAUGCUUUACUACCCUUCUGUGUCCAGGUGUGAGAGGGGCCUGGACCAUGCCAUCCCCCAUUAUGUCACCACGUACUUGCCACUACUGCUUGUCCUUGUGGCCAACCCUAUCCUGUUUCACAAGACAGUGACUGCAGUGGCCUCUUUACUGAAAGGAAGAAAAGGUGUUUACACAGAGAAUGAGAGACUCAUGGGAGCUGUGAUCAAGACCCGAUUUUUCAAAAUAAUGCUGGUGUUAAUUGCAUGUUGGUUGUCCAAUAUCAUCAAUGAAAGUCUUUUGUUCUACCUUGAAAUGAAACCAGACAUGCAUGGAGGCUCCCUGAAACGCAUCCAGAAUGCAGCCAGGACCACAUGGUUUAUUAUGGGAAUACUGAAUCCAGCUCAAGGACUUCUAUUGUCUCUUGCCUUCUAUGGCUGGACAGGAUGCAACCUGGAUGUCCAUCCUCCUAAGAUGGUGAUUCAGUGGGAAGCAAUGAUUGCCUCAGCUGCUGAGGCCACAUACCAGUCCCCUGUGGGCUCCUGUAUGUCCCAUGAAAACUCCAGGAAGGUGGUGUGUCUUGGGGGGCACACUUCUGAUGAGGUGCUGAGCAUUCUGUCUGAAGGUUCUGAUGCCAGCACCGUUGAAAUCCAUACUGGGUCCCGCAACAUAAAGGAAGUUGACUCCAUUUCCCAAGCCAAGGGGGACCUCUGA